UUGCGCAUGUGCAAACUGAGAAACUUGUAAACAAAAAGACCCCUUCCAGAUCAAGGAUUUGGGAAGAUUUGUGUAAGGUUAUUCACAUAGAAUGGCAACAUGUCGGAGUAAAUUAAUUUGUAGUUUGAACGUUCGUGGACUAUAUUGUUCCGUCGACAAAUGUUUGGCGUUGUCAGCGGCAAGGAAGCUGCAUACAAGUUGCAAAAAUUCGCGUGCCGAACUGCCUUUCCUUUCAAAUAAUUACGUCUUUAGUAAAGUCUUGCAUCGUCAGUUUCCAAGGAAAAUGUCGGGAUUUUCUGGAAAAGACAAAGACUAUGUCUUCAGACAAUUACUGGAGUAUAAAUCCUUCACGUACACCUACCUCCUUGCUGACCCUGACACAAAGGAAGCAAUUCUGAUUGAUCCUGUCAUUGAUACUGUAGCCAGAGAUACCAAGUUAGUCAAGGAUCUUGGACUUAAUCUCAAAUAUGCAGUCAACACCCAUGUGCAUGCUGAUCACAUCACUGGUACUGGACUCAUUAAGAAACAGAUCCCCACAUGUAAGAGUGUCAUCUCAGCAGCCAGUAAGGCAGAAGCAGAUGUCAAGGUUAAAGAAGGGGAUAAGUUGACCUUCGGUAAAUACGAGAUAGAGGUGAAAAGUACACCAGGUCAUACAAAUGGGUGUGUCACCUAUGUAUGGCAUGAGAAAGCAAUGGCUUUUACUGGAGAUGCUGUACUGGUCAGAGGUUGUGGCAGAACAGAUUUCCAGGAAGGAAGCUCGGAGACUUUGUACAACUCUGUUCAUGAGAAGAUUUUCUCCCUUCCUCCAAACUAUACUCUGUUUCCUGCCCAUGACUACACAGGUCAAACUAGCACAACAGUGGCUGAGGAAAAAACCAUGAAUCCUCGUUUGACCAAGUCUAAAGAAGAGUUUGUGAGGAUAAUGAAGGAAUUGAACCUUCCAUACCCCAAACAAAUAGACAAAGCUUUACCUGCAAAUCUUGUCUGUGGUCUGUAUAAUCUUCCUGAGGAGUUUUCUAAGGUUUAGAUGGUGAGCUGGUUUAUUGGAGAGUCUGUUACAUUGUUUGUCUGUACAUCCGGGAGGGCAACAUCAAGAUAGAUUCAUUUUGAGUGCCAUAUAUUUUAAAGACAAUUCAAGAAAAUGCUUGUUUAUGAUUUCACCAUGAACAAAAUUUUGUCAAAAUUUUAUUGCACUUUUUUUUCUCUUACUGUAUCAGCCUGAAAGGUCUAAUAGUAUGUGAAAUACAGAAGAACAUUACAGUUUUAAAGUUUUGUCCAGUAUUGUAAAUCAGCUUUCUCCUGCAGUAUUCUUUUUCAAUUUCAUCAUUCAAGCAUACAAGAAGAUAUUUUUUCUUCAAACCUUCAUUAUAUGAAGCUCAUUAAUUUGAAAACUUGUCUUUAAUUCAGCCCUUUACUGCAACAACCUUUCACUAUUUUUUUUUUCAACCUUUUGAAAGCAAUAGAACUAUUCAAACAGGGGAGAAAGU